GUAUGUUUUCAUACCGAAAGCGAGACACACUCAAUAAGUUCCUACUCUGCCAUCUUUUGCUCGGUUUCUAACCUGAAGCUCAUCCACUUAAACUCUCGAGCCUAUAUACAUCAACAAAUUAUACUUGCACACCACUAUGUAUGUUCAAUCGACAAUGCGCAGCUGGCAGUACAGGUCCACUCAAGGUGGUCUCGAGAACAAUCUAACCCUCAAUACUGUCCCAAUGCCUCAGCCCAAGGCAGAUCAGCACCUCGUGAGAAUCGUUGUUGCUGCUCUCAAUCCUGUCGACUACAGGCUUGCUGAAUUCCAAUUUCUUCAUCGAACAACCUUUCCCAAGCCUGCUUCUCCUGGUAGCGAUUUUGCUGGUUACAUCGUUAAACCUGCACAGGGAUCUGCACUCAAACCAGGACAAUUCGUCUUUGGAGCCGCUGGGACGAACUUCAUGUGCGGAGGAGCCUUGUCCGAAUACGGGAUUGCCAAUACCAGAGCUACUACCCCUAUGCCGACAGGUCUUUCGACUUCCGAUGCAGCAAGCAUCACCGUUGCCGGUCUUACCGCUUAUCAGGCUAUUUUACCACACUCCAAGCCUGGGUCGCGUGUCUUCCUCAACGGUGGAUCUGGAGGGGUCGGAGCUAUUGGCAUUCAGAUAGCCAAAGUCAAAGGACGCCAUGUCACUGUGACCUGCUCCACGGCUAACGUCGAGCUCUGCAAAUCCCUUGGGGCAGAUGAAGUGAUCGACUACAAGACGCAAGAUGUGUUACAAACACUUAAAGCCUCGCCAUACAAGUACGAUCUUGUUGUUGACAAUGUUGGCAACGACCAAAACCUGUACUGGAAAGCACAUGAAUACACAAACCCAGGAGCGAAAUUUAUCACAGUGGCAAUAAGUCACCAUUUUAGCUUCAUUCGGUUCGUUACCAUGGCGAAUUUGUUGCCAAAGUUUUUCGGCGGUGGAAAAAGACAACAUCUGAUUGUCAUAGGUGAGCCGAAAGGACAAGAGCUCGAACAGAUUGCCGAUUGGAUGGUCGAGGGCAAGAUAAAAGCUGUCAUUGAUUCCAAAUACAAGUUUGAAGAAGUGAGGGAAGCAUACAAGAGAUUGAAGACGGGUAGGGCUAAAGGCAAGAUUAUUGUCAAUGUUGCGCCAGAGGAGGAAUGUACGGCAUGAAAGAACGAUUUGCGGAUUCAAACUUUAAGCUCCUACAAGAAAGCUCAGUGCGACUUCAAUCGGGCAAUGAAUUUGAGAGCUCGAAGAUAGACCAAUCAAUGCUUUCGAGAUCAUG